CGCCAGCUGACUGUCCGAUCACGUGCCCCCUAAACCACCGCCAUCUUUGUGCGGGGCAACGGCCGGAAACACAACGGGAAGCGACUACUGGUGCGGGAGGAGAGGGGAAAUAAAUGAAACCUAUGGGAACGUUGAGAGUGUGAGGGUAGGUAGAAGGGUAGAGUGCGCGUCCGGGAGAGGAGAGCGCGGGGCCCUGAUGCCAGCUACGUCCUGGCCCCCACUGAAUCUCUGCAGCCGCAACCUGCGGCCUUCAGCUUUAGAUGGUGAAGUGAGUGUCCCCGGGCCUCCCUGCGCCUCACCCUGAGCGCCAGGCCCUUCAUCAGCAGCUGCAGCAGGCAAGGUGAACCUCGGCAGAGAUGGUCUGGAGAGGUGGCCUGGUACGCUCGCCUGGUAAGCGUGGCCCGCACUGAGAGGAUGGAUGAAUCUGACGAUGAUUUUGUUGCACCGGGGAAGAGAGGCUGCGGGGCCGAGGCUGGAGGCAGAAGCUGCAAAUCAGUCAGCUGGGACCCGCCAGUGUCUGUCACGGCAAAGGCAGGCUCAAAAUGGCACCAGGCGGCAGGCAGCGUGCCGAGCUGUGUCAUCAGGAGCAAAAGCCUCAGCGACGAGACCCCCAGCAACGAUCAGGCAGAGGGAGGUGAACGAAUGAUGCACGACCCAGCCGUCUCUUGCUGCAUCGCUGAAGUCCACGUGUCCCCUGAGGAUGCGCCAAACGCCCGACCAUCACAGAAGCCCGGCACUGAAAGGGUUAAAGAUGGCGUGACAGGCAUUUUCUGGGCCAAGGUUUCAAGCCGUUCUCAGAAGCAGCCCCCUAGCCACACUGGCGUGAAGGAACGGGUGCUGGGGAACAUGCAGCAGUUUCGCAGGAAGGAGCCAGAGCGACUCAGGCACUGUAUCGAUGAGGAAAGGUCGCUGCAACCGGCCAGCCAUGAAGAUGUGGAGAGGAAGGUUCCUGGCUCACUUGAUCCAAGCUCCGGCAGUGGAGAAAGGCAGGGUCACCCACCUGCAGUGACCCUCACUGCAACAAACACUCCUGAUGACUGGCAGGGAAGUGUGGCCAGCUCUGUGUCCUUGCCCUGGGGAUUCCAGCAGGAAUCGGGAGCGGCCUCUGCCUGUACACUGGAGGACAAUGGGCUCUUCUUCUGUCUGAUCUGUCAGAAAGAUCUCUCCAACAUGAACUCUGUCCGUCGCAUGCAGCACGUCAACAGGUGCCUUGAUGAAGGAGAGAAGAAGGCAGUUGCUGUCACCUCUGCCAUCACACCUCUGGUUCCUGAGUGUCCAAUCUGUGGCAAAUGUUUUAAAACUUUCAAGGGGCGAGUGAGUCACCUGAAGCGGUGUGCGAGUGAAAUGGAAGUCUCACCACAGUUACUGCUGCAGGCUGUCCAGAGACAGAGCUUGCAGCCUCCUGAACCAUCAGCUCCUCCUGACAGUGUUCAACCAGGUGGAUUGAAGAGGAAAGGUUCAAAUAAAGAGCGUCAAGCAACAAAGAAGAGCAGGCAGCAAAUUGACGAGAACACGAUGGUUGCCAUGGCGCUCUCGGCAUCUCUGUUGGAGCAGGAGAGGCGGGAAGAGGCUGAGCACACUGUGGGGCUGCAGAUCCAUCGCCUCAUCCGACCCAAAACAGUGUCUGCUGCAGACAGGAGAGGCCAGAAGAAGAGGAAAGAUGGCCCGACAGUGUUACUGGUGGAGGACCCCGCGUUGGCGCUCAGACGGGCCCAAGACCGGCUGUCGUUGUUGCUGUCAGAGGAAUGGUCGCCGUGCAGGACCCCACGGCUCCCCACCAGCACUUUCUCCGCCGGUGGGGUGCUGCGGCGGGUCUGGCACGUGCGGGCAGGGGUAGCCGAAGACAACAGCCUCUGGUGUCGCAGUGCGUUGCCCGUUGUCAGUGACGGGGAACCUGCCUGUUUCUACACCAGUGACCUGGUCCCUCCCAUCACCCCCUGGCACUCACAGCAGGAACAAAGACCGGGAUUCCAGGCUUGUAAGGAACCAACAUUAUCCACUGCAAUCCCCACAAAAUCUGUGCCCAGGCCCAACCCAGAAUUGGCCGGCGAGCCCUCGGCACCAGAGAGCGAGGGAGAGGAAGAGCGCGUGGUGAGGAGUCGGCAGGAAUGCACCUUGUUGGAUCUGAUGGACUUGGCAGGCGAGGGAAUGACGCUGACACAAUGGCAGUCUGAAACGAAGAAUGCAGCAGGCAGCGAGGCAGCGCAAGAUAACGGAAGCGAGUCUCCAACAGAUGACAUAGUGCCAAGCGGCUUUGUCCCAGCCCAGAGAGAAGGAUGCCAUGUCAAUAGCCCGCAGUGUGGACUGCGGAGGCUGAGGGCAGACCUGGGAGCGAUGGUGAACAACCCUCACCUGAGUGACGUGCAGUUGCAGGUGGACAGUGGCCAGGUGGUGUAUGCCCACCAGUUUGUUCUGUACGCCCGAUCACCACAGCUCGUGCAAACUGUGCACAAUGAGGGGCUCCUGGUGGAAGAGGAUGAUGCUGCCCAGACUCGCAGACUCUUGCUGCCCGAUGUUACAGCAGCAGCUGUCCUCUCCUUCCUGCACUACCUGUACACAGCCAGCCUUCCACUCUCACCCGCUGUGCUUGCUGAUGUCCACGCACUUGCUAACAGGUUUGCUGUGAGUGAGUUGGAAGAGAUCUGCAGAGCCUAUUGUGUGGAGGCCGAGCCUGAUGGAGACAGUUCGGAACAAGAUCCUUUUGUGCCAACGAUAGAGGAAGAGUACGGACGUAGAGAGGACAAGUUGCAAGAUCUGCUGAGGUCCAUGUGGGUGGAUGAAGUUGAAGAGCCUGCCUUUGUUCCUCCGCUUGCAGAGAGCGAUGGUGUGGACGGGGCUGACGAGGGCGUUGGUGAUGAGGAGCUGGACGAGCUCUACCAGUUUGCUGCAACUCAGAGGAAAACUGAGAGAAACUCCGUGAAAGAGUCUGUGAGGCUUGAGCAGAACAGCAGCAGUGGAACUGAAGGAGAGGCUGAGGUCUGUGAAGAGAGGGAGCUGAGUGUGGAGGGACCAAGGACAGUGAGCCAAGGAUCUCCUGUGAUUGAAAAUGUAAGAGCUGGUGAUCAGCAGCUCCCUUCAAAACACCAAGAGGUGUCCUGCAAAGUCAAACCAUUUCAGCCACAAGGCUUGUGUAACAGCCUUGAAGCUGACGUGAAUUCCAACACCAGCGAUUGCCUCUUUUCAGAGACGGAUUUGUCCGUGGAACUGCCCCAUGAAGUGAGCUUUGGUGAGCCCGAGCCGUUCAGAGAGGAGCCUUUUACCAGUUCGCCUGCCAAUCGCAGCAUCAACGGAAUGUCUCCCACGUGUGAGACUCACAGCCCCACCGCGUGUCCACAUGUGUCUGAUCUCCCUGUGGUUGGUCUGUCACCGCCAGAGAUAGAUGGGGAAUGCACACGACGACUCCACAGUCCAGCCUCGGCAGCAGCCUUGUCUCCCAGACCCACGCACCAUGAAACAUCGGGAAUCAUCUCGGCACCUUCCAGCGGUGCUGAGCAGUGCGACGCUCCUGGAGCGCCAUGGGAUCUCUCUGCUCAGAUAUCUCCAGGAGAUUCAGAUGGACCGUGGCCUUGGAAGUCGGCCCCUCCCUCACCUGGUGGUCCCUUGGCAAUGCCACCUCGCGAGAGGCAGGAGCUGGCGUCGCCCAUCAGCAUCAACUCCAGUCCGCCUGCAUUGCACAGCAGGUCCAGUGAGGUGGUGGUCAUAGAUUCUGAUGAGGAACCGGGACUAGUUGGGAAUGAAAUAACCGGAGCCCAUUGCCCAUCGGCGUCUCCACCCAUGGCAUCAGUCUCCGAGGCUGAAGGUGACAUUGGAGUUGGAACUCCGCCCACGAGGCCGGGCGGCACAGAGAAGGCUGAGCUGUUGAGCGUGGCGGCAGAAUGUGGUGACCAAGGCAGGGACGUGGGUGGUGACGGUGAGCUAACCCUGCGGCUGAGCAGUAGCAGUGAGCAGAACGAGCCUGACGUGAUCGCAGACUGCUCGUGGUUGGUACCAUCUACCCCUCUGUCAGCAGAGUCCGCCCACUGCUCGCCACUGAACAAGCACUCUCCCCCAUCAAAGAAACAGAGGGGCACAAGAGGAGAGAAGCCAGUCCUUCAGGAGGCCACUGUGACAAACGCUACCUGUGUUGGGCAGAGGAGAGCAGAGGCAGUGACAGUGAGCCCAGAGAAGAGAGUCUUGACGCAUUCUCAGGAGAGGAAGCUGGUUGGUGACCUGGAUGGUUCAGCCGAGGCAUUAUCCAGCAGCGAGUCACUGAGCGAUUCGCCUCAUUUCACCCCUUUCACUCUCACACAGACCUCUGUUAUCGAGCUGGAGAGUGAGGACACCUCGUCACGAUCUCCGCCAGAGAUUACACCGCUGGUGUCUCCCUGCUCCGAGGGAAAGGCAGCUGCAGGCGGGUCUGUGCUGGAGGCCAUCGACACGGAAGAGGAGACGGCAGGCGCUGGAGCUGAUUUUUUCGACACCGAGCCACCAAUGCCCUUUGACGAUGAGUUCUGGCCUUCUGAGGGAAGCCCUCGUCUGGAGGGUGAAAGCUGCAGUACUGAAGAGACGUCUCCUCAUGGGGCAGCCAGUCGGCCCAAGAACCGGGAGGAGACGAACCUCGUCGCUAACGGGCAGCAUAGAAAUAGCACUCCGCUUCCAGGAAGGCCAAACCCCAUCACUGCCUUCCCACCUCCAGCUGCCGAGGAUGUUCUUCCCAGCAGUCAGCAUCCCAGCUUUCUGGAUUCCAGAAUCUGGAAAGAUUGGGAAGAGGACGACGAGUUUCCGCAAGUGCUGAGUGGAACCACUCACAUGCUGCCUCCUGCCGAAUCCAGGCAGAGAGCGACGAGUCACAAAACUGCAGCGCCUGUCAGCGGACGGAGUGGUCACCUCCCCUUGGCACCGGUCACACCUGAACCACUGUACUCCACCAUGGCCACACCCAGCCUAAAGAGAGAGCUGGCCAGGUUUGGUGUUCGACCGUUGCCGAAACGGAAAAUGAUUUUGAAGUUGAAAGAGAUCUAUGAUUAUACGCACCGCUGCGAGGAGCCGGACUCUGUCCGCUCAGCAAAGCAAGUGUUGUCGUCGCAGCCGCGGGGCCAGGAGCUCAGGCCAGGAACAAGCGCAGUGAACCAGUCGAAGGCUCUUCCAUCGACGACCGAAGGGCCAGCACACCGCCCGACACCCACGACCGCAAAUGGGAGCAAACCGGCCUCCAACGGACGUCUCCAGGUCACGGCUGGACGGAGAGGGAGGGGCGGUGGUCCUGCGACAGCUAGACCCCAGGCAGCGACCAGCACCGGAGUGGACAACCAGCUGUCCUCGUCUCAAAGCUCCUCCUCGUCGGCAGCGAGCGGGGACUCCUCGCGCUCAGAGAGGCUGCUGGCCGGUGAACUGGACGACAAUUUCAGCACAGACUCUGAGGAUGGGGACGUGGGGAUCACCCCGUCACAGGCAGCAGUCCGUGAGGGAGAUACUACCCAGGCCAUGAGGGAGUUUAUCCGCUCCAACCCCUCGCUCUACACUGACAUCCUGCAGUACAAGCCCUUUGAGCUGUCCGACCUCCAACAGCAGCUCAAAGACAGCGGCAUUAAGGUUUCCCGGAACAAGCUGGUGGACUUUCUGGAUGCACACGGCAUCACCUUCACCAUGGCGAGAGCGAGGAAGGAGGUGAGGCAGCGGAGAGGGCAGGGCUCUGGCUGGUGGGGCCGUAAGAAGCCGGGCCGCCCAAAGAAGUGAGGGUGGAAUAACACUUCGCGUGAAGAGGGGUCCCAACCUGAAACGUCGCCUGUCCACCUCCUACUCAGAAGCUGCCCAGCCCACUGAAUCACUCCAGCACUUUGUGUCAUUUUGGUAAACCAGCAUCUGCAUCAAGUGUCUCAUGAACCCUUGGCCUCUGUAUGGGGUGAGGGGUGUCGAGCUGUCGGAGAUGCCCUGUAGCAGCUGUGAGCUGGUUGGAGGGGACGUGGUGUAUCCAGUGUCGGUAUCCAGUGUUGGUAUCCAGUAUCCACCCCCACCCGUGCUGGUCUGUCCGGGACCUUGCAGCAGGAGCUCUGGCACAAGGUCUCUACUGUGACGUACGAUGUCAGCGUUCUGUGGCCUUCAGCCAUCCUGUGGCCCACAGUCUGAGACGAGCUAAAGUGAACACCAGGGGCUGGGCGGUGCCAGUGUGACCAAAGCAUGGCCGGUCCCUCAGACUGACCACUGGCUGCCACCUUCCGGCCCCUGGAGUGGACCCGUGCACUUGGCGAGGGACAGGAAGCAACCUGCACUGGUGUGGACAGGGAAAGCAGGGGAUGUCUUCAACAGAAUUAUCCAGUUUAAGAAAAAAGGAUUUAACCCCAGUACUGGGAGUCUCCUUUAAUGUAUGUCGUCCAGGCCCAGCAGCUCCCUGUUCAAAUUGUAUAUAUAUUUGUAUAUUAUUGUAUAAAAACAGUGGAAUAAAUGUAAGGGGCUUCUGUCGGUGGGUAGAGAGUGUGUGUUGGGUCAUGGGGGGGGAUCCAUCCUAGUGUCAAUCUGAUCACAUACUCGCAUACGCGUAUUUACACAGAUAUAUGCAUUGACGCAUGCAUGCACUCGCAUGCUUGUAAACACACAUAUCUCCACUUACACUUGUACUCGUGUGUACAUGAACCUGUGCUUGCAACAGUUUGUGCAACCAAGUGCUGUGUACAUAGUUCAUGUGUACGUGUAUACAUCUUGCAUCUAAGUGCAGGAAUUGACGUGUGCAUAAUUAUGUUUGUGCAUGUGCUAGUGUGUGAACAUGCGGUGUGUGUACAUAUGUACUGGUCUACGUGACUGCUUCACGUAAUUCUAUAUAUUCUAUAUAUAUUUGUGUACAUGCAAAUACUGUGUGCAUGCACGUAAUUCCGUGUGUGUGUAUAUAUGCGAGUGUGUGAGCAUGUCUACAUGUGGUUUCAUACAUGUGCAUGUCCAUGUACUUGUGUGUGCAUGUGCAUUGCUGUUUCCAUGUGUGUACACAGAUCAGUAUGCAUGUACGAACAUGCGCUGUGUACGUAAUUCUGUGCAUACGCACGAACGUGUGGGCAUGUGUAUAAUGUGUGAAUGUGAGUGGCGACGUGUGUAUGUGCGUGCAUAUAUAAGUGCAAAUGUGAACGUACGAGUGUGCGUACUGCAUGUGUAUACGUGCAUGGAUGUGUGAACCAACUGUGCAUAUGUACAGUGGCUUCCAGAAUGUUUGGGACAAAGACCCAUCAUUUAUUUAUUUGCCACUGUACUACACAAUUUGAGAUUUGUAAUAGAAAAAAAUCACAUGUGGUUAAAGUGCACAUUGUCAGAUUUUAUUAAAGGGUAUUUUUAUACAUUUUGGUUUCACCAUGUAUAAAUUACAGCUGUGUUUAUACACAGUCCCCCCCCC